AUGGACAGCAGAGGGAAGAGAGGGACCAACGGAUCCUUCAAACGUUCAUCCAUCAAACGCAGCGCGUCCUCCGCGUCACAGAAGACUCAGAGAGCGUGGAUCGAGAAAACCUUCCAGAAGAGAGAAUGUGUCCACAUUGUCCCCGGGAAAGACAGCAGCAGGUGUGGUUGUGGUCAGCUGGUGGCGCAGCACUCGUUAGUCCCUGCCGGGUCCAGAGAGGAGGGGGCCCCUCUGGUCCAGCUGGAGGCCCAGCCUGCAGAGAGAUGGAGCCCACUGAGACACACCCAGACCUCCUGCACCGACGCCUAUGGGGUCAUUGAGUUCCAGGGAGGAGGACACGCCAACAAGGCCAUGUACCUGCGUCUCUCCUUUGACUCCCGUCCUGAGCACCUCCUGCAGCUGAUGGUGCGGGACUGGCAGCUGGAGCUCCCCACGCUGCUGAUCUCAGUGCAUGGCGGCCUGCAGAACUUCGAGCUGCCCCCCAAACUGAAGCAGGUUUUCGGUAAAGGCCUGAUCAAAGCGGCGGUGACCACCGGAGCCUGGAUCUUCACCGGAGGAGUCAGCACUGGAGUGAUCCGGCACGUUGGAGAUGCUCUCAAAGAUCAUUCGUCAAAGUCCAGAGGGAAGGUCUGCGCGAUAGGCAUCGCUCCCUGGGGCAUCAUCGAGAACAAGGAGGACCUCAUCGGGAGAGAUGUGACCCGGCCAUACCAGACCAUGUCCAACGCGCUCAGCAAGCUGUCGGUGCUGAACAGCAGCCACUCCCACUUCAUCCUGUCCGACAACGGGACCAGCGGCAAGUACGGAGCGGAGGUCCGUCUGAGGAGGCAGCUGGAGAAACACAUCGCCCUGCAGAAGAUCAACACGCGUCUGGGGCAGGGUGUCCCCGUAGUGUGUCUGAUCCUGGAGGGUGGUCCUAAUGUGAUCUCCAUCGUGUUGGAGAGUCUGAGAGAGGAGCCUCCUGUCCCCGUGGUCAUCUGUGACGGCAGUGGCCGAGCGUCUGACAUCAUCAGCUUCGCUCACAGAUACUGUGGAGAGGACGGGUUGCUAAGCGACGGGGUCAAAGAUCAGCUGCUGGUCACCAUCCAGAAGACGUUUAACUACAGCCGCAGCCAGGCGGCACAGAUCUACCUCAUGGUGAUGGAGUGCAUGAAGAAGAGAGCGCUGAUCACAGUGUUCAGGAUGGGCUCUGAGGGACAGCAGGACAUUGAGAUGUCCAUCCUGACGGCUCUGCUCAAAGGUACGAAUGCGUCAGCAUCCGAUCAGCUGAGUCUGGCACUGGCCUGGAACAGAGUGGACAUCGCCCGCAGUCAGAUCUUUGUCUACGGAGUCCACUGGCCGCCUGUGAGCUCUGUGACGUUGGACCGUCCAAAGAGUCCGGCGGCUCAGCGAGCGGCAGCAGGAGGAGGAGGGAAAGGGAAAGGCCGGGGAAAGAAAGGGAAAGGGGGCAAAACCAAACCUGAACCACCAGAGGAGACCGACCCCCGAAAACUGGAGCUGCUCAACUGGGUGAACUCUCUGGAGCAGGCCAUGAUGGACGCUCUGGUGUUGGACAGGGUCGACUUUGUGAAGCUGCUGAUCGAGAACGGAGUGAACAUCCAUCACUUCCUCACCAUCCCCCGCCUGGAGGAGCUGUACAACACGAAGCUGGGGCCGGCCAACACACUGCACUUUGUGGUUAGAGACGUGAAGAAGGGGAACCUACCUCCGGACUACCAGAUCACCCUGAUCGAUAUCGGCCUGGUGCUGGAGUUCCUGAUGGGCGGAGCUUACCGCUGCAAAUACACCAGGAAGAGCUUCAGGACGCUGUACAACAACCUGUACGGCCUGAAGAGGCCGAAAGCGCUCAAACUUCUUGGAAUGGAGGACGACGAGCCCCGUCCGAAGGGGAAGGGGAAGAAGAACAAGAAGAAGGAGGAGGAGGUGGACGUGGACGUGGACGACCCGGAGGUGAGCCGGUUCCAGUACCCGUUCCACGAGCUGAUGGUGUGGGCGGUGCUGAUGAAGCGCCAGAAGAUGGCGCUGUUCCUGUGGCAGCGCGGCGAGGAGGCCAUGGCCAAAGCUCUGGUGGCCUGCAAACUGUACAAGGCCAUGGCUCAUGAGUCGUCACAGAGCGAGCUGGUGGACGACAUCUACCAGGACCUGGAGAACAACUCCAAAGAGUUCGGUCAGCUGGCCUACGAGCUGCUGGAUCAGUCAUACAAACACGACGAGCAGGUGGCGAUGAAGCUGCUGACGUACGAGCUGAAGAACUGGAGCAACUCCACCUGCCUGAAGUUGGCAGUCGCCGCCAAACACAGAGACUUCAUCGCCCACACAUGCAGCCAGAUGCUGCUGACCGACAUGUGGAUGGGCUGCCUGAGGAUGGGCAAGAGCAACAGCCUCAAGGUGAUCUUAGGGAUCGUCUUCCCUCCGGCCAUUCUCCUGCUCGAGUUUCGUCUCGGAGACGAAACUUCAUUUCAUUCGUCCAAAGAAAACGAUGACAGCAAAACUAAAGAAGACGACAACAAAUCCAGCAAGGACGCCGUCUCCAACGUGGACACCACGUCAAAGAAAGGAGAUGAAGAGGAGGAGCAGAAGAGACAGAAGAGGAGAACUCCAGUCGGGAGGAAGAUCUACGAGUUCUACAACGCUCCGUUCACCAAGUUCUGGUUCAACACGAUCUCCUACCUGGUCUACCUGUGUCUCUAUAACUACAUCAUCCUGGUGAAGAUGGAGCGUUGGCCGUCUCUGCAGGAGUGGAUCGUCAUCUCUUACAUCAUCACUCUUGGCCUGGAGAAGGUCCGCCAGAUCCUGAUGUCGGAGCCAGGGAAGCUGAAGCAGAAGAUCAACGUGUGGCUGGAGGAUUACUGGAACAUCACGGACCUGGUGGCGAUCUCGGUCUUCCUGCUGGGUCUGCUGCUGCGGCUGCAGAACGAGCCGUCCAUGGGCUACGGACGCGUCAUCUACUGCGUGGACAUCAUCUUCUGGUACAUCCGAGUCCUGGACAUCUUCGGGGUCAACAAGUACCUGGGACCCUACGUCAUGAUGAUCGGCAAAAUGAUGAUCGACAUGCUGUACUUCGUGGUCAUCAUGCUGGUGGUGCUGAUGAGCUUCGGCGUAGCGCGGCAGGCAAUUCUGCAUCCGGACGAGGAGCCCACCUGGCGUCUCGCUCGCAACAUCUUCUACAUGCCGUACUGGAUGAUCUACGGAGAGGUGUUCGCUGACUCCAUAGACCUUUAUGCGAUGGAGAUAAAUCCUCCAUGUGGGGACAACAUGUACGAUGAAGACGGGAAGAAGCUGCCCCCGUGCAUUCCCGGCGCAUGGCUCACGCCCGCCAUCAUGGCCUGCUACCUGCUGGUCGCCAACAUUUUGCUGGUCAACCUGCUCAUCGCUGUCUUCAACAACACGUUCUUCGAGGUGAAGUCCAUCUCCAACCAGGUGUGGAAGUUCCAGCGCUACCAGCUGAUCAUGACGUUCCAUGACCGUCCCAUCCUGCCGCCGCCGCUCAUUGUCUUCCCGCACGUCUUCAUUGUUCUGAGGACGCUCUGCUGCCGCUGCCGGCCGAGGACCGAGGGGGACCGGGACGACCGCGAGAGACGCCUCCAGCUGGUGCUGGGUGCUGAGGAGCUGAAGAGUCUGCAUGAGUUCGAGGAGCAGUGUGUGGAGGAAUAUUUCAGAGAGAAAGAAGACGAGAAACAAUCGUCCAACAACGAGAGAAUCAGAGUCACAUCUGAGAGGGUGGAAAACAUGUUUAUGCGUCUGGAGGAGGUGAACGAGAGGGAGCACGCCAUGAAGGCAUCCCUGCAGACGGUGGACCUGCGCCUUGCACAGCUGGAGGAGUUCUCCGGCCGGAUGAUGAACGCUCUGGAGAAGCUGGCGGGCAUUGACCGCGCCGAGCUGGUCAGAACGCACUCCCGAGCCUCGUCUGUGUGCGAGCCGGCCGCUCUGCUGCGCCACGGCAGCCUCAACAGCGCCGACAGCUACAGCCUGUACCGCUACCAGCUGGAGCACGACGACAGGGCGUCCGCUGCUGGAGACGUGGACGGGAGCGACAGGAAGGUCCAACAGAGUCCAGAGAGACGAGGGACAGACGCUGAGGGAGGACAUGCCACAGUUAUGAUGAAUUUCCUGUCUGCAGGUGAGGUGAAGGAGUUCGGGUCGACUCUGGAGGUCAGAGGUCAGAGGGCGAGGGCUCAGUCUCUGUCCAACGUCGACAUCCUGAUUUCCCCCUGCGAUGCCGUCCACAAACCCCCUGAGACCGCCACCUCCUUGCCGCAGCCCGACGUCACGGACAGCAACCAGGAGACGCCGGCAGAAAAGUCCCGGCUGGAGGCUGCGGUGUCCUUCCCCCUGGACAGAUCAAAGGUCACACAGUAUUUACCUUCCCCGACCCUCAGCGAGGCCACAAGGAAGUCCAUCAGCAGCUUCGUCUGCAGCCCUGCCCAUCAGAACCAGGACGGGCCGACCUCCAAACAAGAGGACAGAGUGUCCAAACAGGCCGGGGGAGGUAACCAUGGCGAGGAAGGGGACGGUAACCACGGUGAGGAAGGGGGCGGUAACCACGGCGAGGAGGGGGACGGUAACCAUGGCGAGGAAGGGGAGCAGCUGCUUGUGGCGGAGGACAGGAUGUACCCAACCCUGCGCUCAAAGAGUCUCAACACCCCGAGGAAGACGAGGACGAAGAGCGAGGAGACACGCCGCUCUGCCGGCAGCGUCAAAGACCUGGUGUCGGCAUUCAGCGAGGGGACAGGACAGCCACAGCCCAGAACCAGAACCAGGUCCAGAGACUCUGACAGCUGA